CUGAAAGAACUUGUCGAGUGCUUCAGGGUGUUGUCGCCAGAGCUUAUAUCAUGGACGCUGGCAAAUAAAAAUGAUAUUUGGGAGCACAAUCCGAGAAUGAAGCUUUCUGAAAGAGCUCGCAAAAUAUUGAGAAAAAUAUUUGCGGUCGGCUAUCAAUCAAUAUGUGCAUAUGGAGGGUCAUACCACUCUUUAGGAGAUUUUAAAAUUGACAAUGAUGGAGCUGCAUUCUUCCUUGAGAACAAGUUUAUCCAAGAAGCUUCUGGAGAAGAUGUCCAAGCCCCUAUAAGGGUUGCAUUAAAUAUAGUCGACCUUUUUUGGCAUGUUGCACCUGGCAAGCAAGAUCCCCCCAUUGAAGUCAAGAACUUUAGGGAGCUUUGUUCUCUUGCCCUAAAGAAGACUGACGAGAUGUCUAUCCGGUAUUUUUCCUGACCAACUACAAGGAGUUACAAGUCACACUCUAAAAAUCAAUCUUUACCUGUCCU